AUGCGAUCUGAGGGCGCCACCUGCCCGAAGGGCAUCUACAAAACCUCGGCCAAUCGCAACGCAGAUUCACAGGAGUUUGACCAAUCACCGAAAGGCUUCUACAAAACCUCGGCCAAUCGCAACGCAGAUUCGCAGGAGUCUGGCCAAUCACAGAAGAGGAAACCGUCCCCCCAUACCCAUGCCCCUCCCUUCCCCCCGCGCGCCCUUCCCCUGGCUACAAGAGGACUCCAGCUCGCCCGAGGUAGUAGCUGCCGCGUCGGGAGUCCGGGCGGAGCGAGGGCGAGCAAGAGGAGCUUCGGUCGCCAUGAGGGUCCCCACCAGCACAGCCGUGGGCGUGGCAUCGGCGUGGGCGUGGGCGCCUUGGCCGGCCUGUGGGCGUGGAGGCGCUGCACCCCCAGGGGGCCGCCCGACACGUGGGAGGAAGUGGGCGUGGUCUCCGAGCUGCUCAUGUACCCCCUGAAGUCGGCGCGCGGGCUUUCGGUGGAGGAGGGGCGUGCCACGGAGUUCGGGCUGGCCAGCGGCGCCCUCAGGGACAGGUCGUUCAUGGUGAUGACGUCAGAGGGCACCUUCAUCACGUGCCGCCAGGUGGGCCGCCUCGCCACGGUGGUCUUCGAGGUCGAGGGUCAGAGGGUGACCCUUAGAGCCGACGGCGCGGGCGAGGUCUCCUUCGAUCUCCAGGAGGUCAUGGGGGACGUGAAGGUCAACCAAGUCAGGAUAUGGAACCAGAGGACGUGCGGGGCAGACUGCGGCGACGCGGUGGCGGACUGGCUCUCGCGGCUGCUCUACAAGGGCGAGACGCGCGUUCGACUCCUGUACCAGGGCGGGCUGGUGAAGGACCGGCCCGCCAGGAAGCCGGACUACUUCGAGUUCCCGCAGUUCAGGGCGUCGGACAGGGUCUUAUACGCCGACACGAGCUCGUUCAUGGUGGCGUCGGAGUCGUCGAUGAAGGACCUGAACGGCCGGCUGAAGGAGCCCGUGUCCAUGGGGUGGUUCCGGCCCAACGUCGUGGUCCGCGGCGCCAGGCCCUUCGACGAGGACGACUGGGCCUUCCUCAAGAUCGGCGACGUCGUCCUCAGGAGGGUCAAGCCCUGCGAGAGGUGCGUGCUGACCAUCGUGAACCCCGCCACCGGAGAGAGGCACCCGCAGCAGGAGCCGCUGACCACGCUCAAGACGUACCGCUGCCCCCGCGGACCCCCGCGCCUCGCCAAGGCCUGGGCGCAGAAGCCGGUGUUCGGGCUCCAGUGCGGCACCGAGCAGGGCGGCGCUCUCAAGGUCGGGGACAAGGUCAUGGUGGUCAGGGCGUCCAGGCACCCCGAGUACCAGGUCAUGGAGAUGCGAGCGGAGGCGAGGUCAGGGCGGGGUCAAGGAGGAGUGAAGGAGGAGUUGGGAGAUGCGAGCGGAGGCGAGGUCAGACGUUCAGGCAGGAGGAGGAGCGUUGAGUGGCUCGAAACGUUUUGGUGGAGCUUGUGCAAGUCACGUCUUUUCUUCAUGAAUUUGCUCUUAAUAAGUAAAUAUGGUUCUUAG